AUGUCGGAUGUCAUGGCGAAACAAAUGGAACAAACCCAAAAGCUGAUGAAUUCUAUGGAGCUAAUCAAGCCGACGCAAGCUGCGAAUUCUAAAAUGAGCACGGGUGCGUUUCACCGCUGGUUUACAUCUCUCUGGACUCUUCAAGAGAUAUGUCUUCCACCCGAUAUGCUCAUUGCAAACAAAAACUGGGAAUUUGUGGCUCUGAACCACUGUGCCAUUGCUUUCGAUGAGAUAGUGGCUCCCGAAUACGCCAGCAGAAAAGCGAACAAUGACACCCCUCCGCCUAUCGCUGUUAUUCAACUGAAGUCUCUUCUAACCUACACGGGGUUGUCACAGCUGGCAUCCAUGACACGCUGCAGCAUCCUCGGAUUGGGUAGUCAUCGCCACUGUCUUGGACGACGCGCUGAGGCGAUUAUGGCCGUUCUUGAUGCGACGGAAUGGUUCACAAGUGCGGUGGAUGAUCAAGAACGUGAGAAAGAUCUAGUCCUCAGUCUUUAUCCCUUGAAAUUUGUUCAAGAGGUGCAGAAGAAUGUCGGACCUGCCACGUUUUUCUUCUCCGACUCGGUGCAGCCAUAUUUUGCCGAAGCAUUGAAACAUCCCGGAACAAGCCCAAAAGAGGCCAAACCAAUGGGCUCUUUAUUGCCCUUUGACCUAGGACUGCCCAAGCACUAUCAAGAGAUCAUAUGGGAUCACGAGUGGAAGUUCCAUGAUUCCGUUUAUAGCUGGACUAUCGCAGGUUCUGCGGGAUGUGUUCGCAUUUCAGAUGCCCUUGUCGUAUCCUCCAGUGAGCGACAGUAUGACCAGGCAAUGGGUUCAACCAUCAUGGCCCCGGUCGGAGGGGAAGCAACAGGAAGACAAGUGGGCGUGCAGCAUGUCGAUCUGCAUGAAUGGAUGAAAUUGUUUGACACAAAAUUUGCAAACUAUGCGGUCUGCUUAUUCACCUCGCCUUUGGGUUCAAUGGGAGUAUUAUUAAAACAGAUUGACCCGGGAGUCAUGAUCAAGGUUGGUAUAUAUUUUCAGGAUCUCUGCCCGCAGUGCAAAAUGCCAAACACCGAGAAGUUGGAUUGGCUAGUCUUAUAG